GGAGGCCGCUGCCCUCCGCGAGAUGCAGGCCAAGGUUGAGAAGGAGAUGGGCGGCGCGUCCCAAGACUCUGAUGGUGCAGCCGCGAGUCAGGCAAGUAAAGAAGAGGUUGAUGCUCGAUCAAUAUACGUUGGUAAUGUACAGAUAUUCUGUUUUUGGAAUUGAGUUGUCUGAUGCUCAAUUUUUGGGUUCCAGAAACUUCUUGUUUAACUAAGCUUGUAGUCUUGGAAAAAAAGAUUGUGUAUUGAUUGAUUGAUGGAAAGGGAUGAAAAUGGAAAUGAGAAAAAGAGUACUUAAAAAAGUUGGGGGAAAUUCUGAGGGAGUUGAAGAAAAUGAAAGAGUUACAAAAUAUAGUAAAAAAGUGGUAAGGGAAAUAAAAAAAAACAAAGCGAAAAAGAAAAAAAAUAGUAAUUAUAUGCGCAGAAGAUAGGAAAGGCAUGGAGAUGGCAAACUGGAUGGUAUCUUUGACAUUAAUGCUGAUAACUUAAGGGAAAGGCUUGAUAGUUGACAGCUUUCUGUUAAUGGCAAAUCCAAGCAAGUGGAGUGAAAAAUUCUUUCUCAUUGUUAUCUAUUUCUUCAUGACGCAUAUGCAACUUUAAGUGCUGGAGCCAACUGAUUCUUGGAGUUCCUUGAAGUCUCUUAUUGCGUUGCAAUAUGGUGGAUUAUGUUUGUACGCCUGAAGAAGUCCAGCAGCAUUUCCAGUCAUGUGGAACAGUCAACAGGGUCACUAUUUUGACAGACAAAUUUGGUCAGCCAAAGGGUUUUGCCUAUGUUGAAUUUUUGGAAACUGAGGCUGUUCAAGAAGCUCUCCAACUGAAUGAAUCGGAGUUGCAUGGUCGUCAAAUAAAAGUGGCUGCUAAACGGACUAACGUCCCCGGGAUGAAGCAGUUUCGCCCACGACGAUUCAAUCCCUAUAUGGGAUAUUCCACGAGGAGGCCUUACAUGCCGCCACCAUAUUUCCCCCUGCCCUAUCCCUACGGUAAGACGCCCAGAUAUAGAAGGCCAAUGCGUUACCGUCCAUUCUAAGAGCAUAGCAUUAUCGAUAUUGCUUCAUCACUGUGGCUGCAUUUUCUACUGAUUCAUUCUCACGACAACUGCAACGUUAUUAAAUUAUUAUGGACGAAAUGUGUGUGCAAUUGUAAGCACCAUAGGUUGAAUGUGCUAUUUGGCUGUCCCUUAAUUUGUAUUCCUAACUGCAACUACUCCAAAUCUUAAGUUCUAUUCUACCCCAUGUUAUUGGAAA